AUGUCCCGUCAGGGUAGCCUGGCGGAUCAGGAGAAGAAACGGUUGUCCUCAAUGGAGGCUUACUGGAAUGGGUCUGCGGGUGCUCCAUUGCAGCUGCAACGGGGCGAUGCGUUCGGCUAUAUUCCUAGCCGCCGAAUCGUAGCUCACAUAAACGGUCUUCCUGGCAAUAGUGCAUCCUCGCCUGGAACCUUUGUUGCAGCCCAACAAGAAACAGAGCAGAGAGCGCCAUCCUGGCCCAAUCCCUCUUCAACGAAGACUGCGUCCCGUGCAGACUCGCACCCCGAAAUGGCUGAAUCAUCUCCAUCGGAGACACAGAAUUCGGCGGGUCAAUCGCCGGGGCCACAGAGUCAGCUUGGCCACCCGCCCCAGCUAAACUCUGGCACCAGUGCAGUCAGCCAAGACCAUACAAACGUGCCUUUUGCCUCGACGCCGACAUUUCCAGGAAACUCACGCUCUGCUUCCACUGUCUCGGACCAUUUCCAAGCGACGUCCAGUUUUGAGGGAUCGCGAAUUCCUUCCUUGUCCGGACACAGCAUCGCGUCUCGCGUAGAACAACCGGCGGCUCCAGGGAAACAGAGACAGCAGCAUCUGGGUCGUUCCCCGUCAGGCUUUAACACGGAGGAUUCCAAGAAAAAUUCGGAGCACAACGGUUUCCCUGAUCGCCGGGCGAGUGGAACCGGGGAUUUCGGUAGCCCUGGAGACGAGUCUGCAGCGUGGAUGAACACAUCGGGGAAGGCCAAGCGCGCGUCGGCAGAUUGUGGACUUGAGUCAAACCUGGACUCGCAGGGAACUCUCCAAACAGAUGGUUCCUCUCAGCAUGUGCGUCCAGAAGUGAGUGGACGAGGUUCCCGCAAGCCUACGUGCUUCGACUUGCUGUACAACGACGCCCUCAUGGUGAAGAGGCAUCAAGAAAAAAUCCAGACAAACGAGAACCUGAAGCGGAAGCUGGACAUCAGCAAGCUCGAGGACGAAAGACGAGAAUGUACUUUCAAGCCGGUUACAUGGAGCUCCCGGAAACCCCUCGCGCAACAGAAAGCUUGCCUCAUCAAGAUGAAACAACUCGCCGACAAACAAAGAGAUCUGAAAAACGCCGUGUAUGUGCUCCAGCAAGAAGAGCGAGAAAUCGACGAUCAUAUUGCGAAGGAGCUUCAGGCAGACAUUGCAGCUGCAUAUGAAUCAGAAAACAAUGAGGAGGUUCACAAGGUUUUGGACUUUUACCGCCAUCUGCGAGCGGAGGAGACGUCUCGUUUACGGUCCCUGAAACUCGACCUCGUGUCUCAGGUCUCCAGGCUGGAGCAGCAGUACAAGCGAACAGCCGCAACAGUCAACUUUGUUGAGGCGGACAUCGCAGCGACUGUUGGGUUCGACUUGAAACUGGCAGAUCAGCUGCAUGAGGAAGUCAGGGAAGAUAUUGACGCGGCCAAUUCGCUUCGGCUGGGAGCCCGCUUCCGCAUGAUUCUCGAGGCAGUCACCACGGGUCAGCCGCUGUUUCCUCAGAACGAGAAGGGCGUAUCUCUUCCCUUCGAUGCCGCCGACUCCGGCUACGACCGUCGCCAGCCUAGCAGCGCUGAACUCGCGAGAUCCCUGUCGCGUCAUCGUUACACGAUCCGCGGAGACCACUUUUCCAGGCUUCAGCGCCAGCCGUCCCGGCCGACCUCUCUGGGCGCAAACGGCACGCCUCGCUUCUCCAGUCGCUCGUCUGCAGACGAAGAGCAGGAAGAAAGCCAACGGGGCGUGCUCUCCAACCACGCGCGGACGCCUGGAUCGCGCUGGCCAGCUAACGGCGGCCGUCGCUCGACCUUUGGAGGCGACUAUCUGCCUCAUCGCUUCGUGGGCCCCACGCAGCAGAGCCUGCCUGCGCAGAUGAGCCCGAGAUUCCAGAGCUUCCAGGGGAACAGCCCCGCGCUCCGAGGCGUCUCAGGUGCGAAUCCCAGCGCGGAACUGCGGAACAGCAGCCUCCCCGGCGCCUUCGUGGAAGCUGCGUCCAAUGCGGCGGGGGACGUACACACGAACACCAGUCUUGGGUUGCAUCACUGCGGAUCGCCUCGCGGCGCGCUGGCGCCAAUCAACCAGGCGGUCGGUCAGCUUCCCGCGUACACCGGGGCCCGGUCCUCGAUGAAGGGUUUUCAGAUGCCUGAAGGUUUUGGCGCCGGACUGGACAACGAAAGCGCGCUUGGCAGUUCGUCCGAAGGCGCCUCGCCUCGCGUGCUGACUUCGUGGCAGAAGGAAAAGGCGAAAAACGAACUCCGCCACCAGCUCGCUGCCCAGCACCGCGACCGUCAGAGGAGCUCACUCUCCACUUCACAGAAUGGAAGCACCGAUGCCGCACCGUUGGGCAGUGCCUUCUUCGACAAGGAAGAGCACGGGCGAAUCGCUUCCGCCGGAGGCGCGACCCCGCGAAAGGUUCCGCAGCCCCCGCCCGCCGUCGGCCCGAUGCGCAACACGUUCUCUGCUUUGCCUGGGUACCUCCCCUCGCAAAACCCGGUGGCGAUGCAGCAGGCGCAGAUGUCCCUGCCGAUAGGGUCUACCCCUGCGGCCGUCGCGAGUCGGCAGUCGCAGCCGCUUGGCAACAUGUCGCCUUCCCGAUUCUCGAGCAUGUGGCACGGCCAGCUGAAUGAGUCGCAGGUCUCCGGAGCAGACGGCGUGACUCAGUCCGUGCCGGUGAACGGCGCUCCGAACUCUUUGCAGAACAGUGCAAGCGUGAACGCGAUGAAUGCCGUCGGAGCGAGGUAUUUGAAGCCCAUGGGGUUCGUGAACGGAGGGCACACCGGCAAUAGGGGCGCGAACGCGGGAGGCGCAGUGAUGGUCAAUCGAUCUGUGCAGCCUUUUCCACAGACCUUUGAGCGGGCCGCGGGCGGAGCGCAGCUGCAGCCUCCGACGAUGGGAAGUGGAGCCUGUUAUCCUCCAAUGCCAACCAAGCCAAUGGCGGGGACACCAGGAUAUCCGCUGUGGGCAUCUCAAACUUCCGGCUCGGAUCCCUCCAACAGCUACGUGUACCCGACGCUGGCAGAGAUGCCCACGCCUACGCGGAGCUCGAUGGGGCCCCAGGACAAGUCGGCGCCGAUGAGCACCGAGCCAAACUACCCGAUGUCUUUCCAAGGCAUACCGGCCUCGCCGCAGGCGAACGGAGCGUUCGGGCCGCCUCCCAGCAAUGUCCCGUACCAAGUGCCUUCCACGGGAACGCAAUUCCCUCAAAAAGGCUUUCCCGUACACAGCGGACCGUUCCCUUCCCAGCCAGGCAUGCAGCAGCCGCACCCGGGCCAGCAGACCCCCGCCGGAGCUCCCGCCCCAAAUCUGCCUCGCCUUGCAGGAGGCGCUGUCCUCAAAAUGGGAAGUAAUGGGCACACACCUUUCGCGGAUUUCGCUGCCACAGCCAAACAACUCCAAAUGCGAGGCAUGUCUGGCGUGCAGUGCUAA